CACACAUCCAAAGUAAGGUCAUUGUUGUCAUUCACGCUCACUUCACUCUUCGGUUCCUCCACCUGGCUCCUCUGCAGCCAAACAUAGAGAAGACUACAAACUGAAAAAUGAAAAGGAAAUAAAAAUCUAACUAGCAACGACGUCGUUGAAGCAGUACCAGUGGGGGGAAUCUCAAAAUUCUAGGUCGAUUCCACAUCAGAUGGAUACGACGAUGGCGUCGAUCGCCGGCGGAGCUAAUGGGAACCUCGACGAGCAAAUUGCUCAGCUCAUGCAGUGCAAACCCUUGUCCGAACCAGAGGUACGGGUGUUAUGCGAGAAGGCUAAGGAGAUUCUUAUGGACGAGAGCAAUGUCCAGCCUGUAAAAAGCCCAGUCACUAUAUGUGGUGAUAUUCAUGGGCAGUUCCAUGAUCUUGCUGAGCUUUUUCGGAUUGGUGGGAAGUGUCCUGACACAAAUUAUUUGUUCAUGGGGGAUUAUGUUGAUCGAGGAUACUACUCUGUCGAGACAGUAACGCUCUUGGUGGCUCUCAAAGUGCGGUAUCCUCAACGGAUUACGAUUCUACGUGGUAAUCAUGAAAGCCGCCAGAUUACUCAGGUUUAUGGGUUUUAUGAUGAAUGCCUAAGAAAGUAUGGCAAUGCAAACGUGUGGAAGAUCUUCACAGAUUUAUUUGAUUAUUUUCCUCUUACUGCGUUGGUUGAGUCAGAGAUCUUCUGCCUGCACGGUGGAUUGUCUCCGUCCAUUGAAACUCUUGACAAUAUACGGAAUUUUGAUCGUGUCCAAGAAGUUCCUCAUGAGGGUGCCAUGUGUGAUCUUUUAUGGUCCGAUCCUGAUGAUCGAUGUGGUUGGGGCAUCUCUCCUAGGGGUGCUGGAUAUACAUUUGGCCAAGACAUUUCGGAGCAGUUUAACCAUACAAAUGGCUUGAAGCUUAUUGCUCGAGCUCACCAGCUUGUUAUGGAGGGAUUUAAUUGGGCUCAUGACCAAAAGGUCGUUACCAUCUUUAGUGCGCCCAAUUAUUGUUACCGCUGUGGAAACAUGGCAUCUAUUCUGGAAGUUGAUGAUUCUCAGGGUCAUAGUUUCAUUCAGUUUGAGCCAGCUCCUAGACGUGGUGAGCCGGAUGUAACUCGGCGCACGCCAGAUUACUUUCUCUGAUCCAGCUGCCAUUGUUCUUUUCUUUUCUUUUCUUUUGCCGAAAAUUUCAACCACUGGAUGCCCCUAUAAGCUUAUGUGUUUAUGACUACUUGAAAAAGUACAAAAACUCUGGGAAGUAUUGAAGAUGGAAUCUAGCAAAGCAUGUAAAAAGAGGCAGGUGGUGCUUUCAUUAGUUAGUAUAGCUGAAAAAUUCACGCAGAUAUUGGCUGCACUUGUGGCAGUACAGCUGACGGUGUUUUCGUAGCAGAAAUAUUAUAUAUCCAAUCUCGUUUCACACUUUUUUUUUUGGAUCUUCCAUAUUCGUUGUUUGAAUGUUGUACUAGAGAAACUGAGAAGUACAUGAUAUUGAAUAUUGGGUUUUCUUUAAGGUUUGUGGGGGCGGGGCUUUCGUUUUUACCAUUUCAAGAUUGCUAUUUACUGGUGGCUUUANGUUUAAUU